CUCAUAAUUCCUUUUUUAAAGAAAAAAAAAAUCUGUCCACGUGUUGCCGAGUAUCGGAAAGAAUCCCCGGAGCUCCGAUCGACGUUCUCUCUUUAGUCUCUAGUCAGAUAAAGUCGUAUCUCCGAUAGGUAAAACCCACCCUGCCCAACAUCUACACUCUCACAAGUCACAAUUAGUCCCAAGCACUCUCUUUUUGGGGUUUCGUAAAUCUCCCAACUUCGCCCUUGGAAAACGACCCACUAAUCACGUACUUCCCCCAAUCCAUUUCUAUGCAUCUACGCAACCAGACCUCCUACGACACCACCACUACGCGAUUUCAAGCUCUAGGGUUUUCAUUAUCUCUGCUAAUGGUCAACCGAUGAACUGAUUUUUAGCUUAGGUCAUUCAAUUUUCCAUGAUGGAAGUUCAAAAUUCGGGAGCUGAGAGUCAAAGCCUUGACCGGAGUCAACCGAUUCAGAAAACUGAUGGAGGACAGGUGGGUGUCGUUGCAGAUGGUGGCGGUGGAGGAGUGAAGGUUGAGGUAGGUAAUGCCGUUGGAGGAGCUCAAGUGGUGAAGAGGAAGCGAGGGCGGCCGCCUAGGGCUCAGGCGAACCAGCCGUCUGCUAAGAAGAUUAAAGAAGAGGAUGAGGAUGAAGACGUUUGUUUUAUUUGCUUCGAUGGUGGGAGUCUCGUGCUGUGCGAUCGCCGGGGCUGUCCAAAGGCAUACCAUCCGGCCUGUAUCAAGCGCGAUGAAGCAUUUUUUCAAACCAAAGCUAAAUGGAAUUGCGGUUGGCAUAUCUGUAGCGUAUGUGAGAAGACAUCAUAUCAUAUGUGCUACACGUGUACUUAUUCAUUGUGCAAAGGGUGCAGUAAAAAGGCUGACUUUAUGUGUGUGAGAGGUGAUAAAGGCUUUUGUACAAUAUGCAUGAAAACAAUCACGCUCAUUGAAAAUAGCGCACAAGGGAAGGAAGUAAAGGUGGAUUUUGAUGACAAGACUAGUUGGGAGUAUCUUUUCAAGGUAUACUGGAACUACUUAAAAGGAAAGCUAUCUCUAACUUUUAGUGAGAUUAUAGCAGCUCAAAGUCCAUGGGAAAGAUCCGAAACAAUCCCUUCAAUCGAAUCAACUUCACACAUCAGUGCCAGUGGUAGAAGAAGCAUUACAUUAGAUACAUCUUUUGGAAAUCACGAGGCUAAUAAUAUUUCCAAAAGUAGCAAAACAUCUGAGCAAACUAAUGAACCCACAAAAGAAACUCCAUCUGUAGUUGAAUCCAAAGAGUGGGCAAGCAAAGAGUUACUAGAUUUUAUUUCACACAUGAAAAAUGGUGACGUGUCCGUUUUAUCUCAGUUUGAUGUCCAGGCACUUUUGCUAGAUUACAUAAAAAGAAAUAAUCUGCGGGACCCACGAAAGAAAACCCAAAUCAUAUGUGAUACGAGGUUAAAGAAUCUGUUUGGUAAACCACGUGUUGGUCAUAUUGAAAUGUUAAAGCUUCUGGAAUUACAUUUUUUUCUAAAAGAGGAUGAUAGUUCACAGAAGAAUUCAAUUGAGAAUAAUACUGUAUCUGUAAAACAAGUGGAUGCAGAUUGCAAGCCUGAUAAUAUGGUGAUGGUGAGUAACAAGGAACGUAGAAGUCACAGGAAGGCUGAACAACGUGUAACACAGAAUAAAUUGGAUGAAUAUGCUUCGAUUGAUGUGCAUAAUAUGAAUUUGAUAUACCUGAGGCGUAAUUUGAUGGAGAAAAUGUUUGAAGAUAGUGAAAAGUUUCAUGAAAAGGUUGUUGGAUCGAUUGUGCAAAUUAGGAUAUCGGGUAGUGAUCAGAAGGAUGAUAUGUACAGGCUUGUGCAAGUAGUAGGUACGACUAAGGCGGAUGUACCCUAUAAAGUUGGUGAUAAAUUAGUUGAUGUUAUGCUUGAAGUAUCAAAUUUAGACAAGAAGGAGACUGUGCCAAUUGAUACAAUUUCAAAUCAAGAAUUAUCCGAGGAUGAAUGCAGACGGCUGAGAGAGAGUAUAAGAUGUGGACUUGUGAGAUGUUUUACUGUAGGUGAGAUACAAGAAAAGGCAAUGGCUCUUCAGUCACUUCUGGUUGAUGAUAGAAUGGAAGCCGAGAUGUUGCGGCUUAAUCAUCUUCGGGAUCGAGCAAGUGAAAAACGGCAGAAAAAGGGAUAUCCUUUGGUCUAUUGA